AUGGGGGCACCCACGAGUUUUGGGGGAGUGCUAAUGAAGGUGGCUGGAGAAAAGUGGGUUGGGAGGAGAGUCCUGGAUGAGCUCGUCAGGGAGGAAGCGUCCAGAAGUAACUUUGAGUCAAUGUAUAGAUUUGAAAGAUGCAAAAAAUUGAAAGGAAUAUGUAAAACAUUUUGUAAUGAUGAUGAGUAUGAUUACGGAUACUGCAUUAAAUGGAGAAAUCAGUGCUGCAUAUGA